CCCGGGCUACGCGGCAGUCGCGCGCCAGUCGCCGCGCCGCGUGCCGCCUUCGCAUUGCAGCAUCAUGACAACCGCGCAACUUUCCGUACUUUUCCACGCGCGCUUUUUUCCCGCCCUGUUUGUUUUCGCGCGCUAGCCCUCGCCGAGACGGUGUUUUGUGAAUGGAUCUGUGAUUCGGCAGCUUGUGUCGUUUAAUUGCUGUUGGUUUAGGUGUUCAUGUUUACGAAGCCUUGUAGAAAUGGUGACAAUUAAAAAAUCAAUAAAUAAAAUCCUAGCGAUCACCUACGCAAUGUUUAAUCAGAAAUAAUGACAGUUGACGACAUAGUGCCAUAGACAGCGGAUGUCGGAUGCGAAGGCGGGACGCGUGACAGAGAAGUGACAAUGUGUUGCGUGACGUGAGCGCGUGCGCAUGGUGACAGAAGUGACAAUGUGCGAGUGUGUGACAUGAGCGUUGGUGGCGGUCAGAGAGGGAUGCUGCUGUGACGUCACGGGCGUACGAGCGGCGGAUGCGGCGAGCCAGCGUCUACAGCGUCAGCGAAGGAGUGGAGCGGUGCGCCUGCCUUAGGUAGCGAGGGCGCGGGUGCGGGUGCGGGUGCAGCCAUGGCCGGCUGAUGGACCCGGGUUAUUGGUCCCCGUCGCCGUCGGCCUCGCCGCCGCCGCCGCCCCGCGCCCCCCCGCCGCGCUGCCGCUGUCGCCUACCGCUCUCCACCAGCUACAACUGUCUGCCACACUAUGAUGGUUGGGGAGACGGUGAAGAAGAGUCGACGGGCGGUGCUUUACGCGAACGGGAACUUCGCUCACUGCACCGCACCGUGCCGGCCCUGCGUCGCAGAGAGUUGGACACCCGCGCCAUCAAGCAUCACUUCUAUCCUGAGGGAGGUUGGGGAUGGAUCGUGUGCGGCGCGGCUUUCUUAGCACACCUACUGUCCACCGGACUCCAGCUCGCAUACGGAGCUCUGCACGUCUACGCGCUUCGACAUCUGGGCCCCACCGCCGACCACGCUGUUUGGGCAGGCGCCAUCUGCGUGGGAGUGUCUCGUGCGGCGGGCGCGCUGGUGGCAAGUCGCAAGAAAUCUCCCAGACUAGCUGCGUUAGUCGGCGGGCUACUUCUCCCCCUUGCUUGCCUGUUCACGUCCUUCGCCACACAGCUACAUCAAACCAUGCUGAGCUAUGGCGUAGUCCUGGGCAUUGGUUGCGGAUUAGUCCGAGAGGCAGCAGGUUUGGUGCUCGGCGCCUACUUCAGGAGACGGAGGCAGUUCGUGGAGCUGGUCGCGCAUGCGGGGGGAGGGGUGGGGAUCGCGCUCUUUAGUGUCGCCUAUAAGGAAGCUGUCGGUAAACUCGGUUGGCGUCUUGGUCUGCAAGCGGUAACGGGCGUGCUCGUGCUAGCGUUCUUCCUGAGCGCGGUGUACCGCAGCGCCUCGCUCUACCACCCGCAGAGACGCGCCAUACUCCACCUCAAAAACCAACGUCGCAAGGUAAAAGAAAAGAAAGGCCUGAAAAGACCUCCUCUUAUCGACCUAAGCCCUCUCCGCUCUCGGCCUGCCAAAGUUUUGUUGUUAGCAGCUGGAUUAGCAGCUUUCGGGAUUUACACCCCAGUAUUUUUUUUGCAGGCUUUGCAAGGUUCCGAAGAGGGUUUAGAGGAGAGUGCGCUGGUGCUGCUCCAGACGUUCCUGGGGUUCGCCGCAGUGCUGGGUUGCGCUGGCUUCGGGCUCGUGCUCGUGCGACCUUCCGCGCAGUGCCUCGUCUCUAAACAGUACCUCUGCCAGACUGCUAUGGUCGGAAUAGGAAUUUCUAUGCUAGCCUUAAGUAGUGUUGAAGGCUACCACGGAUACGUCCUCUUCGCUUGGUUGUACGGAUUAUGUUUGGGAGGUUUUCUUUAUUCAAUCAAAAUGCUCACGAUGGAGCGCAUCCGUGGCAGGCAUUUUAGCAAAGUUUGGGGUCUCGUCCAGGGUGCAGAAGCUAUCCCUGUGAUGGUCGGAGUUCCUGUGACUGGUUACAUAAACCAGCAAGUACCAAGAGCGGGGUUCUACUUCUCGACCGCGGCGACGCUGGCCGGUGCCUUAUUGCUGUUCUUCGUUGGGUUCUCCAAGAGAGAGGCGGAGCCGCCGCCGCCGGCGCCAGCGCCUACCAUAUCUGAGACUUGUCCGUGUAUGACACCGCCUCGGUGUGAGCCGGCGUGGUGUGCGUGCAGCGCUGGAGGAGCUACGGCGUACUGCGCCUGGCCCGGCACGACUUGUAGCACGCGACUGCCCAAGUCACUGUCCUACGCAGCGCCGCUUAACACUUGCUGCCCGGCGACCACCCACCACUGCCCAGAGUGCCACCGCCGCGCGGCGCCGCUCCGGCCGUCCCGCAGCGUGCCGGAAGGUCUAGCACAACGCGGCAGCACGUGGAGUCGGGGCGGCUCCUGCAGGGCGCCUUGUCGACGUCGAGAACAUCAGCUUAUCGAACAAAUCACCACGUCUGUAUGAUACCUAAACAUCUAUAGACCAUUUGAAUUUUGUACAUUGUUUGUAUAAACGCUUAAAAGUGAUAUGAACAGUGAACGUGUAUCAUAAUUAUGUAAAUACCUAAUUCUCUUUUGUAGACGUUAUAAUUGCAGUUAAAGUGAUAGAUUACAUAUAAAAGCAAUAAAAGGGAUUGAUGUCUUUGCUCUUGAAAAUAUAAUCAGUUUAUUUCAAUAAGAUUAUUUAUAACCGAUGAUAUUCUAUUAAAUAAUAUUUUUUCUAUGCAUUUGCUCUUACAAUAUUAUGUAUACCUAUUAACUAUAUCUACUUAUUGCGAAUAACUUUUACAAAUUGAAAGUAGUCAACUAUUCAUUGUAAUUCUAAGAUUAGCCAAUUUUUUUCUUAAGUCUUUAGUACUUGUGGGACCUUUAUCAAAGUAGAUCUUACCAAUUUUCUUAUUUUCUAUAGAGUCCAAAAAAUGACCCUUAUGUCCUAUCUCGUCUGAAGUAUAUAAAUAGUAUAUAAAAGUAACUUAUAACUAUUUAUUGAAAAAAAAAUUAUUUCAUUUCACAAGAGACAAAAUAAAAUAGGUAAAAGUAAUAGAUUAUUAAACGAAAAAUUUUAUAUAUCUUCUACUCUAAAAUAAUGUCAAUUUUAGCCAUCUAUUUAUUAGUUUUAUUUCUAUUGGUUAUUGUUACUUGCAUACUUUAUUUGUUAGAUGUUAUAUACUUCCGAUGUUAAAAACAUUUAUUGUACCAAAGUGUAAUUACAGUUUUGAAAGAAAAUUAUC